AUGAUGGACCUUAUCGGUACAGGAAAUUUUUGCAAGGUUUUCAAAGGCACAUAUGAGCGAGAGAAGAACGAUCAGAUUCUUGUUGCAAUUAAAAUUUGCCACGGUGCUUCGACGGUAACGGUGACAGAAGAGGCAAAACGUGCCAGAGAAUCAAUGGUGCACGAAGCCCAGCUUAUGAGUUACUACGUUCACAAACAUGUCAUACAGCUCUACGGAGUGGCUUGUGAUCACUACCCGGUGAUGAUAGUUAUGGAAUACUGUCCCGGAGGCAAUCUACAGAAUCACAUGCAAAAAUUUAAAGAAAAAGUGGCAGUGCCGGAACGAAUACUGUUAGCACACGAAGCAUGUCGCGGAAUGCGCUACCUGCACGAAAAAGGAUGUGUACAUCGGGAUCUCGCGGCCAGAAACUGCCUUCUGUCUGAGCAGGGAUUUGUGAAGAUCUCCGAUUUCGGUCUAUCAAAAAUAGCAGAGGAAUUGGAUAGUACAAAGAAGAAAGAAGAAGGCAGUGAGCCACCCAUAGAGCAUAUCCCAAUACGGUGGAUGGCUCCGGAAACAUUGAGGCGGCCACAGUUAUGGUCGGCUAAGAGCGACGUUUGGAGCUUCGGAGUGCUUCUGUACGAAAUGUUCAACAACGGGGAAAAGCCGUGGCCUGAUGACGAACCGAAGAGGAUUGCAACUCAUAUACGGUUCGUCGUUAUC